ACACAUCCGGACCCAAUGCUUUCCCAACACGCCACAGCUUUGUUUUGGUUCCAGCACGGAUCCAUUUUUCCAUUACGAGGUGGGAGUCAUAUUGGAUCAGCGGGACGGAUGGGACGCAGUUAUUGGUUCUCGUGUUAUUCACGGACGCUUUGAGGCGAUCUGUCGUGUUCUUAUUUCGCUGCAUUUAUUUCUAUGCAGGUUAAAUACUCAGAUAUGAAAUAUGGCGAGCCAACUCGAUCGCUCUGCAGAUGUGGACGCUUUGGUCAAAAGACUGGAGAAGGAGUCUCUGACUAAGUUUGUCACUUUUUCUGUGGACCGACAUUACAAUGACAAAGAUUGGCAGCCUUUACCUGUGAACCGGGUCCACUGGCAGUGGGCCGGCGGUUCUGGAAUGCCUUCGAUUGAAUUCACCGGAAUCCCUUUCAUGUUUGUGGGCUCCAAAAGGCUUGUCUGCCACCAAGGCAAAGAUCUUGCUGCGGCCCAGAAGAGGAAGUAUUUUGAAGAAAAAGCUAGAAAGAUGCUAGAAGACCACAGCCGUGGCUGCCAGAAAACCCGUCGGCCAUCUACAAAAAAGGUGGGAUGUCCAGCAGCCAUAUCAAUCAGCAAGAUUGCAACAUUCCCUAAGUUCAAGGUGGUGGACAGUGCAGAAAGGAGUAAGAAGGCAGCUUCAAAAAUGCUAAGAAUGGCCCUGGAGAGAGACCCGGUCAUUUGGGAAACGCGCUAUGCUGUCCUACAUUCGAACGAGCAUGCGGGACAUGCAGAUGGGAGAAAUGAAGGAGAUGCGACCUCACGAUCUGGCAUGAUCUCAUGCAAACGAGCAAGGAAGUCAGAUCUGAGAAGGAAAUGCGUCAAACUCACCAAACAACUCCUGGACAGCUUGAACUCUAUUGAGGACUAUCAUAUGCUUGAGGAGGUUUCACAAGUUUUAAGCACCCUGCUGAAAGACUUAGCUCGUCUGAACAGCAAGAUGGAGGGAAAGUCUCUUCAUCCUGAAGCCAAGAACUCUAGAGCUUUAUCUGAAGUUCCAGCCCAUUUGUCACGGAGGGACCCCGAGGGACCUGAAUCUGCACACAGUGAUUGUUUAGGAGCUCGGGCAGCCAGUGACCAGGAACUCACCAGUUAAACAUCCCAAUUUAACAUUUCCAGACUUUUAAAGCUUUUUGUUUUGCUUUUGUUUGGUGUUCCUGUUACCAGGAGUUAAUGACUCCACUGCCUGUCUGUAGAAUGUCCUCAUAUGUGCACAUUUUGUGAGAUUGGUUUACGUUUUUGUCUUAGCACAGGUGUGUUUACAGGGUAAGAUUUUGCAACUUUGUUACUUAGAAAUGUGAUUUUUUUUAAAAUAACAAACAUAUUAGUUUGUGCAAAGUGGCUAAAUUGGUCCUUUUACAUUUCUGAAAAAAAUCUUGGAUUUUUCUUUUUUUUUAUUGCCAUAUAGUUAAAGGAAAAGCACUGUGCAUUUUGGUUAGUAAUAUUAGUAAUUAUCAGUUUAGUCUACUGAUAGUGCUAACUGUCUAUAGACCAGUUUAGUCUAUUAUUUUUUGCCAAAGAAUAAACUCUGAACUCUAUAAAAAGCCACUGGACUCUUUAAAAUGCUAGGAAAUUUGAAAUAAAAUUGUUAUUUUGUAUUUUAUCUGGAUAAUGAACAAUGCAUAUGACCAAACCAGCCCAGAAAUGGUUCACCUGACAUAAAAUUACUCUUUGUAAUACUGUGGAAAUUGAUCUAAAGAUUAUAUCCCUUCGACCUUGUGCAACCUGAAUGCUCGCCCUUGAAAACAACAAGGUGACCUUGUCAGAAAUAAUGGUGUGCCCUAUGUUUCACUUAAUGACGGCUGGAGAUAGACAUUAGCUUCCCCCCUGAGCAGGGAUAAAGUGCUCAAAGAAAAUUUGGAAUUUUGCCAGUAAAAUUUGUAGCAAUCUUUUUUUUUUAAAAUAUAUUUUUUUUGAAAAUCUUCAGCAAGGCUGUUCAGUUUACCUAUAAAUAUGUUUUCUUUUAAAGAUUUCUUUUAAGAAUAUAAGCUUUAAUUCAUGCGUUUAUUGAUUUUUAAAAAGGCAAGUUGUUCUUGUUACAGAAACUUUAUUUCAAAAUCUAUUUUAGCCAUCUGGAUAGUCACAUAACCAAAAGUGUCAAUAAAUAAAUUUUUAUUUCA